GAUUUUUAAAAAGAUAAAUAAAUGGAUAAAUACCGAAAAUCGGAAUUGCUCGGGUGUAACGGAACGUACCGAGUGGAAAAUUGAUUUGAUAUUACAUUGAUAAUGUUAUUUGUAAUAACAAAUGAGCGACGCAAGUCCGGCCGGUUGUUGUUGAAGGGCGAAACACGUUUGAACCUGUCUGGUGGGGACUAGUAACUUCCCCCACCGCUGGGGGAUUCAACCACAAAAUGGCGCAUUGGCGGGUUGCGGCGUUCGUGCGCGGAGUAAUCGACUCCACGUGAGUUUUCACGCCGUAAAUUCAACAGAAUACCGGGAUAAUUGAGUUUUCAACAGAAUUUGAGUAGCGAAGUGACAAUGGAUGCCUUUGAUUUGUUUAAACAAUUGUCGGCGGGUGCGAAAUUCGAUAAAAAACGGUUUAAGAAGGACACCGAGUGCUUUCAGUACGGAAAGAAAUUAGAGAAGAAUGUCGAUUUGUCUCGGGUGAAAAUUGAGGCGAUUGAGGAGAUUUCUCAACCUGAGAAGCAAAAAGCCUCAGGUGAAGGCCCUGAAAACGAUUCUGAUACUGACACCCCGAAAAAUCAGGGGUUGACACUCUUGAGUGGUGUUUCCAUGGGAAAAGGAAAGCCGUCAAAGAAGAAAAAGCUUGCGACUGAAGAGAAAGAGCUGCAGCAGCAGCAGGAGAAGAUCAAUCAGUUCAGGAAUUCCCACAAGAUCUCAGUAGUGGGUCGAAGAAUUCCAGCACCAAUCGCUUCAUUUGAUGAAUUGAGAGUUCAUGGGGUUGGUGGUGAUUUGCUGGAGAAUCUCAAUAAAUCCGGGUACAAGGAACCCACAGCCAUUCAGAUGCAGGCACUUCCAAUUCUCCUAGAGGGAAGGGAACUCCUAGCCUGUGCCCCUACAGGGUCCGGAAAAACAGCAGCUUUUCUUCUGCCAAUAAUUCACCACCUCGAAGGGCCGAGGAAGCAGGGGUUCAGGGGAAUUAUCCUCAGUCCCACAAGGGAACUGGCGAAACAGACGUAUCGGGAAUGCACGAGACUGUCUGAGGGUCGAGGCUUUCGCAUUCACAUAAUCAGUAAAAUUAAACAGGCCCUGGAUAAAUACGGGCCCAAGAGCUCCCAGAAAUUUGAUAUCUUGAUCACAACUCCGAAGAGGCUCAUUUAUCUUCUGAAUCAGGAGCCACCAGCCAUCAAUUUGUCGAAUGUUGAGUUUUUGGUUGUAGAUGAGGCUGACAAACUCUUUGAAGAUGGCACCAGGAGUUUCAGGGGACAGUUGGAAAUUAUCACAAGGGCUUGCACCAAUGAAAAACUCCAGAGAGCCAUGUUCAGUGCCACUAAUACCCCAGCUGUCACCAAGUGGUGCAGGCAUAAUCUCAGGGGCCUGAUUAAUGUGACUGUUGGGCACAGAAAUGCAGCCACUGAACUUGUUGAGCAGGAGCUGCUGUUUGUGGGGAGCGAGAGGGGAAAACUCGUGGCUUUUAGAAAUAUUGUGGCUGGGGGAAUUUCUCCGCCUGUUCUGGUGUUCGUUCAGAGCAAGGAGAGGGCCCAGGAACUCUUCAAUGAACUCAUUUAUGAUGGCAUCAAUGUGGAUGUCAUUCAUGCCGACAGGACCCAGACACAGAGGGAUAAUGUCGUGAGAUGCUUCCGGGAGGGGAAAAUAUGGGUCCUCGUUUGUACAGAAUUAAUGAGUCGUGGAAUCGACUUCAAGGGCGUCAAUCUCGUAAUCAAUUACGAUUUUCCACCUUCAGCUAUUUCCUAUAUUCAUAGGAUUGGAAGGACUGGACGAGCUGGACACAGGGGAAAGGCUAUAACUUUUUUCACUGAGAGUGAUACUGCCAAUUUGAGGAGUAUCGCAGCUAUCAUGAGAGAUUCUGGAUGCCAAGUACCUGAUUAUAUGUUGACGAUGAAGAAACAUAGUAAAAGGGAGAGAAAACAAAUGGAGAUAGCAGCACCCAAACGCGACUCCAUAUCUACGAUUCCGAAAUUCAAGAGGCGAGGAAAUGUUAGUGAAAAAUCGACGAAUUCACGUGACAAAAAGCCUCCGAAAAUUUCUAAAGUGACAAAAUCAAAAGACAAGAAAUCAGUGCCUAGACUCACCGAGAAAUCCUCCAAAGCUGUUCAUAAGCCCAAACAAACGAGAGCUGUGAAAAAAACCGGAGCUAAACAACGUAAGCCGCAAUAAACUCACUCAACGCCAGCAUUCACGACUGAUACGAACCGAUAAAUUCAUUUGAGGCGAUCAUCGUGGGUCAACUGGAGUCGACCGGAGUCGACCGAAUUAAUCAAAAGUGCCC